UGGCAGCGGUGAAACGACUAAAGGCCGUGUGGUCGGGCACUGUCGCAGAAACCAAGCGGCAAACGGGUGCAGAGUGACAGAGGAUAUAGGUUUUUUUUUGUUCGUUGUUUUUUUUAUUCAAAAUUCUCCAUCACAAGCGUCCUACUUUUCGUCCGACCUAAUAAUAGAGGCAGUCGCGAUGACCACAGCGUAGGCAAUGCACUUAUCUGAUGUCUAAAGCAAGAAUGAAGCCUCAUGACACAUUUCUACGCUUUCCAAUUUAUGCAACAGCACUGGUGUUUUUUGGUGUUCAGAAAGCUGCACAGUCAAGUCCUGCUGUUCGUCUGACUGCUAAUCCUCCAUGGCCAGAUGUGUUCCCAGGAGAGACAAUUACUCUCACCUGUCAGGUUAUUGAAUCUGAGGGAUGGAUAUUUCUGUGGACCAGACACAGACAGGGGGAUCUAACAUAUCUUCCAGCCUCCAGUAGUAAUGGCUCUGUGUCUGUGUUGGUCCUGAGUGCUGUGGACGAGAGACAGAGCGGAAUGUAUCAGUGUGAAGCUGUAAAAGGACAUGAGCGAGCUUUCAGUAACCUCCAUCCCAUAACAGUCUCUGCUGAUCGUCCUCAGGCUGUCAUAGUCACAGAUCCCCCAGCCAAAGUGAUGUUCACAGGAGAAGCUGUUAGCUUAGCUUGUGACAUCAGGAAAGGGUCUGGCUGGAGAUAUUCAUGGAGCAGAAACACCCAGGGAAGAUUAGAGAGCCUCUAUGCCCGUGCAACUGAAAGCCAACAAAAGCACAUCCUGCACUCAGUAAGAGAGUCAGACAGUGGAGAGUACCUGUGUCAGGGUGAACGAGGACAAAACCCUGUGAUCCAGUCUUUCCCAGGAACACUUGUGUUAAAUGUGUCUGGUGAAAAGCCAAGGCCUGUUAUUACCCAGAAUCCCCCCAGUGGAGAGAUGUACACAGGAGAGAGAGUCACCCUGAGCUGUGGGUUUGGGGGAGAUCCUGCUGGCUGGGAGUAUCUCUGGUACAAAGACACACUGAGACACACUGUGCCCAACACUGACAGCAGCAGGACUGAUGGGUCUAGUUUCACCAUCAGCUCUGCUGCUCUGGCCCACAGUGGAGAGUACCGCUGCAGAGCUGCAAGAGGAAGAAAACCUUUUUACUCAGACUACAGUGAUCCUCUGACUUUAGAAAUAUCUGUAUUACCUCAAACACAUCUGACCGUGCAGUCUGGAUUGACAGACGUCUUCCCCACUGAAACAGUGACUCUGAGGUGUGUAAUUCAGGGCAGCCCUACAGAGUGGAUGUAUAAAUGGUACAGAGAUGGACGGGAGCUUCCUGUAGACAAGAGCAGCGUUGAGCGGGAGAGGGCAGUGGGCAGCUUUGGGCUGUGGCUGUCGGCUCAGGAGAACGUGAAGACGUUGGAUGGAGGAUCACACAGACCUGUUGUGGGGUCAUUUUUAGAACCUCGAAACAGAACUUUUACAUGGGAGAAGCUGCAUCCCCUUUAG